UGGUAUUUGAUCAAGGCAAGACCUGAUCGACCAGCCCGGACCUCCAGCCUCGCCCGCUGCCGCAGCUUCUUCUGCAGGAGGAGAUCCACAUGCAUUCUCAGCACCAGAAGAAAGGUGGGAUACUAACUUCCUGCCAUUUUGAACCUGGAAAAUCCACAUGCCAGUGUACUCCAGUCCCAGGACCACAAGGCGACUAUCCACCAUCUGUAGAUGAAGUUCAAGUUUUGAAGGAAUGAUGGGUUCUGGUAAAACAACGGUUGGCAGGAUCUUGGUUGAGACACUUGGCUAUUCGUUUCUUGACAGUGAUACACUCAUAGAGCAGGCUCUUGGCGCUUCAAGUAUUUCUGAAAUAUUUAAGAAGCAUGGUGAAGGCUUCUUUAGAGACAAUGAGACAGAGGUCUUGCGCAAGCUUUCGUUGAUGCGCCACAUUGUUGUUUCCACGGGAGGUGGUGCCGUUGUCCGUCCUAUCAACUGGAAGUAUAUGCACAAGGGAAUUAGUGUCUGGUUAGAUGUACCUGUGAAUGUUUUGGCAAUGAGAAUCUCAGCAGUAGGAACUCAUUCCCGCCCCCUUUUACCUAAUGAAUCCGAAGACAAUGAUCCCAAGACUCUGAAAUGUUUGUUGACACUUCUUGAUGAGAGGAGGGAAGCAUAUUCAAAUGCCAAAGCUAGGGUUUGCAUAGAAAAUAUUGCUCUAAGUAGGGGGUGCAUUGAUGUUAGCAAUAUCACUCCUACACAAAUAGCCAUUCAGGCACUUGAACAAAUCAAAAACCUCUUGAAGAAACAAAGUGUUGAAGUACAUCGAUCUUCCGAAUUGUGUAUGUGUUGUAGUAGAAGAUGCUCUUUGACUCUAUGAAGUUACUUCAGGAGUCCAAUUAGUUCAUAGCUUCUGUGUGUAUUUUCUAAUUUCUACUACUUUUUAUGUAUAGUAAUCUUUUCCACCCUAAAGAUGACAUGGUAUGUUCCUCAAUUAAUUGCUCUACAUCAUUGUGACAUAGUUCUCAAUAUAGUUAUGACAUUCUUUAAUAAAAUUUCUGGUUUUAUUCAAAAAAACAGUGUUAC